AUGCAAAGACAUCCACAAAGCCAAGGGCAAAUCGAUCGAUUUAGCCAAACGCCCACACGAUAUUUGCAAAAGCAUCUAUGUGAUGGUGUGUUUGCUGCCGGUAAAAAUUGGACUGCGUUUUUGAGCAAGGUGGCUUAUGAGUAUAAGGUAGCAAUACAUUCUGCAACGAAUAGGCCACCAUUUAAUCUAUUUUUAAGUAGAAGCGGUUCAAAUGUUGUAACGUGCUCUAUAGAUAGUAGCAUUGUUGAUUCGGAUGAGAAUCAUAUUUAUAUACAAAUUAGAAAUAUUGAAGAGAAUGAUAAUAAGGUCAUUGAUACAACUAUAGUUAAUCAAAAAUAUUUAGGACCCAUUGACAGAAAAUGCGUUCAUAAUUUAUUAAUGGCAUAA